AUUAUUACAGUUUUAAUAAUAAUUAAAAAAAAGGUUAAUAUGAUCACUUAUCAUUUGAACUCAGUUCCAGGUCUACAUGCGCUGCCUACAGGACAGAAAUACAAGGUUGUCAUUCCACAGCAAAUCCAUGCACUGUACAAAAGUGAUGCUCAGGACCAAUACCCACAUGUGGUUAAGUAUGAAUUACAGAUUGAAGACAAACCUCUGGUUAUACACCUGGAGAGGAAUGAGGAACUGGUAGCUGAUAGAUAUAUGGAGACAAGCUAUGAUCAGGAUGACAGACCGAUAAUGAUAAGCCCUCAGGGGAACAUAAAGGAUCACUGUCACUAUCAAGGCUAUGUUGAAAAUGACAUCCAAUCAAUGGUCAGCAUCAGCACCUGCUCUGGGUUAAGUGGGCUCAUCCUGACACAAGGCCGGAGAUAUUUAAUUGAACCACAGAACCUGGCAGAGGGAAUGCAUGUUGUAUAUGAGGAAGAAGAAAAAAACCCCAAAGCCUGUGCAGUGACAGAUGGACAUUGGGAGGAAUCAGUGUUGGCUCAGGAGGUGUUACCUACUCCUACUCAGGAAGAAAUUGACCAUCUUCUAAAUGUUCAAAAGUUUGUAGAACUGGUUGUGGUUGCUGAUAUAUCAAUGGAUUACAAGAUGUUAAACAUUUCUGUGGUUCUUGUUGGGCUUGAGAUCUGGGAUACCAAGGAUCAGAUUGAAGUAAACACUAAAGUUGAACCUACUUUGUCAAAGUUUUCUACAUGGAGAAAGGAAAAGUUAUUGCCUAGAAUAGCACAUGACAAUGCUCAACUUAUCACGAAUACAGACUUUGAGGGUCCUACAGUUGGACUGGCAACUCUCGGAGCUAUGUGCAGUGAACAAUAUUCUGCAGGAAUCGACCAGGAUCACAGCAGUUCACCAGUUUCUGUUGCAUCCACUUUAGUCCAUGAGAUGGGCCACAACCUGGGAAUGGAUAAUGAUAAGAAGAACUGCUCAUGUUCCGCAGGGGCUUGCUUCAUGUCACCAGUUCUUGGGUAUGGUCAGAAAUGUUAGAGCUGAACUAAGCCAUUAAAAAUACACAGUUUUAUGCAGCUCAUGUAUUCAUGAAUAAAUUGUUAGAUGUAUCUUUAA